CCCACCCCCAUCCUAGGGAGCACAAACUCCGCUGCCACGAAGCGUUUUUCCUCAAGCACAGCCAGCAAGCAGCAGAAGAGGAGCUGGUCUCCACUGAACACUCAUCUUCGUGUGAAGUAUUUUCAGGAUAUCGACAACAGUGAUGGCGGUGACCAGGAUCUGCUGUAUUGGAGCGGGGUACGUCGGUGGCCCUACCUGCAGUGUCAUCGCUCAGAUGUGCCCAGAUGUGGUGGUUACGGUCGUGGACAUAAAUGAGGACCGCAUCAAUGCCUGGAACUCCAGCUGUUUGCCUAUUUUUGAGCCUGGACUGCAGGAGGUGGUGGAGUCCUGUCGAGGAGUCAACCUGUUCUUCUCUACGGACAUAGACUCCGCCAUCAAAGAUGCUGACCUCGUCUUCAUAUCGGUGAACACUCCGACAAAGACCUUUGGUAUUGGUAAGGGUCGUGCAGCUGACCUGAAGUACAUUGAGGCGUGCGCGCGGCGCAUUGCAGAACUGUCCACUGGCUCUAAGAUAGUGGUGGAGAAAAGUACCGUGCCCGUCCGUGCAGCCGAGAGCAUACGUCGCAUCUUUAACGCCAACACCAAGAGCAACCUCAACCUACAGGUGCUGUCCAACCCAGAGUUCCUGGCUGAGGGAACCGCCAUCACGGACCUGAAGAACCCGGACCGCGUGCUGAUCGGAGGAGAUGAGACUCCGGAGGGGCAGGCCGCCGUCCAGGCCCUCAGGAGAAUCUACGAACACUGGGUGCCCAAAAACAAAAUCAUCACAACCAACACCUGGUCCUCCGAACUCUCCAAACUGGCGGCCAAUGCCUUCCUGGCACAGCGCAUCAGUAGCAUCAACUCCAUCAGCGCGCUGUGUGAGGUCACCGGGGCGGACGUGGAGGAGGUGGCCCAUGCCAUCGGCACCGACCAGCGGAUCGGCAGCCGCUUCCUCAAGGCCAGUGUGGGCUUUGGUGGGAGCUGCUUUCAAAAAGAUGUCCUAAAUCUGGUGUAUUUGUGUGAAGCACUGAACCUUCCCGAGGUCGCAAGAUACUGGCAACAGGUCAUUGAGAUUAAUGACUACCAGCGCAAACGCUUCUCCUCCCGCAUCAUCAGCUGUCUCUUCAACACGGUGACGGAUAAGAAGAUCGCUCUGCUAGGCUUCGCCUUUAAGAAGGACACCGGAGACACCAGAGAAUCAUCCAGCAUCCAUAUCAGCCGUUACCUUCUGGAGGAGGGGGCCUGUCUGUAUAUAUACGAUCCCAAGGUCAAAGCAGAACAGAUCAUCCUGGACCUGACGCUGGUCACAGCCUCUGAGAAAAACACCCCAUCCAGAGUGUCUGAGCUGGUGACGAUCGCCGCCAGCCCCUAUGAGGCUUGUGAGAAUGCCCACGCCCUCGUCAUCUGCACAGAGUGGGACAUGUUCAAGGAGCUGGACUAUGAGAGGAUCUAUAAGGCCAUGUUGAAGCCGGCCUUUGUCUUUGAUGGCAGAAGGAUCUUAGAUGGACUACACGACCAGCUCCAGAACAUUGGCUUUCAGGUGGAAACGAUCGGUAAACGAGUUAACAAGCGGAUCUCCUUCACUUCAGACUCAGAGCAGAAGCAGCAGCCUUUGAAAAAGAACAAAGUAUGAAGCAGUUUACAGACAGCAAUCAAUGCAAAUGGCUGGCAGAAAGAUCUUUCCUUUAAUUUGAAUCAUGAUUGUGAAAUGUAAGCAUCUCAGUGUUUCUCCACAUGAUAUUUACUGCUGAGGAGACUUUAUCUAAUAAGGGCAGGUCAAAAAGUAUCUAAAAUUAUAUUUUUCAUUUUUAUACAAUACAGACUGCAGUGGUAGUUGUCCACAUGUGUAUGAACUUUGUCUACAAUGAUGCUGUGACGCAGGUCUAAACUGUUUUGGUAAAUGUACAAAUAUAUAAUACUUUAUAAAUAAAAAACCUGUUAUUUAUAAA